GCAGCACCCACCAAAAGCAGUAACACGCCUCUGCCUUGCAGUGCAGCCAUGAGUGCGGGUUCAAUUGAGCAAGAGCCGUCACGCAAGCUGGCCUGCUGCGGGGUGCCCCUCAUCACUGAGGACAUGCAGUCCCUGGCCAUCCGCACCCUCUCGGGCACCGACAUCAGCAAGCACUACGACCUCAUCCGUGAGCUCGGCAAAGGCACCUACGGCAAGGUGGACCUGGUGUCCCACAAAAGCACAGGCACCAAGAUGGCCCUGAAGUUCGUCAACAAGAACAAGACGAAGCUGAAGAACUUCCUGCGGGAGUUCAGCAUCACCAACACGCUCUCCUCCAGCCCCUUCAUCAUCAAGGUCUUUGAUGUGGUCUUCGAGACCGAGGACUGCUACGUCUUCGCUCAGGAGUAUGCCCCCGGUGGGGACCUCUUCGACAUCAUCCCGCCGCAGGUGGGGCUCCCCGAGGAGCUGGUGAAGCGCUGCGUGCAGCAGCUGGGCCUGGCCCUCGACUACAUGCACAGCAAGAGCCUGGUACACCGGGACAUCAAACCGGAGAACGUCCUGCUCUUCGACCGCGACUGCCGCCGCGUCAAACUGGCCGACUUCGGCAUGACCCGCAAGGUCCGCAAGGUGGGCUCCCGGGUCAAGCGCAUCAGCGGCACCAUCCCCUACACAGCGCCCGAGGUCUGCCAAGCCGGGCGGGCGGAGGGCUUUGCCGUGGACACCAGCAUCGAUGUCUGGGCUUUCGGGGUGCUCAUCUUCUGCGUCCUCACUGGGAACUUCCCCUGGGAGGCGGCGGCGGCUUCUGACGCCUUCUUCGAGGAGUUUGUACGGUGGCAGAAGGGGCGGCUGGGGGGGCUGCCCUCACAGUGGCGGCGUUUCACGGACAGCGCCCUGCGCAUGUUCCAGCGCCUGCUGGCCCUCGAUCCUGAGAAGCGCUGUCCCGUCAAGGAGGUCUUCUACUUCAUCAAGUGUGACCUGAUGGCUGAGGUGCGGCGCCGGCCCUCCUACCGCUCCCGCAAGCACGCUGGGGACAAGCUCCCGGCUGGUCCCCAUCGCCAUGAGGCAGCUGGCUCCUGCACCCCGGCACCGCCCAAGAGGACCGUCCUG